UCCUCACUGCCUGCAGCUAGUCUGAUUCCUUUCCUAGUAUAGCGUCGGCAUUCCUGAGAAUUUCACAAACAAGGUUGUCGUGUCGACCCGACGCUGUGCUAGGUACAGACAGACAGGCGCAGAGAGUCGCAUAAGUCUACUUGCCAAGCCAAUUCCUGAAUUGUCUUGGCUUUUUGUGCUCAGAGCUCAGGUUCCGCUACCUGGGUGUCCUGACUUCGAGCACCAAUGGCUGCUUCCACCAGCCAAGCGCUUUGCUCAGGCCUCUCCUCCGUGAGAGCAGCGAGCAGCAGCCCAGGUGACACCACAUCCUCUCUUCGUGAUGCUCAUACUCGUUAUAAAAUCGCCAAUCAACGGAGUCUGUUUCUCGGAAAGCAUAGUACGCCAGCCGGACGACUGCUUCUCCCAGCAAGGCCCUCUCUGCGCCGCGCACGAUCCCCGUCCGCUCUUCGCGUUAACGCUGUUAUCGAAUCACCCCCUAACGGAAGCGUCAGGCAAGGCGAUAAAUCCUCCCCAUGGACCCCGGAGGAAGAGGAAGGCGGUCGCGCGCUAUACAGCAAAUCGGGUGUAACUCUUAACGGAGCGGAAGCGAAAGUUGUCGGAGCAACGGUUGUCGCUACCAGCAAUGGAAGCGCAGUGAAAAUGGUCCUAGCUGAGGAAGUGGUUAAGAACGGCGCAGCGAAUGGCGCAGCAAACGGAGCGUUGAACGGAGCAGCGAAGACUGCUGGUGCUGCUGCUUUUGUGGUGGAGGAGAAGAUAGGCGAGGGGUCGAGAGGUGUGGAGGAGCUUACAGUGGAGGAUCGCCCGUGGUUUGAGAAGGCUCGGGCUAGCAAUGUGCAGGUGUCCGUGACGCCAGGCGGGCGAUGGAACCACUUCAAGACGUACUCCGUCAUCCAGCGCACUUUCGAGAUCUGGAGCUUCGUUAUCGCCUUCCUCGUUAAGGCGUGGCUGAUCAACCGGCCGUGGAUGUACCGCGGGGGCAUCACAGAAGCUAAGAAGGUGGAGAAGCGGCAGGACCUGGCCCGGUGGCUCAAGGAGGGGUUGCUGCGGCUGGGCCCCACGUUCAUCAAGAUCGGCCAGCAGUUCUCCACGCGCUCGGACCUCCUGGCGCAGGAAUAUAUUGCGGAGCUAUCGGAGCUGCAGGACCAAGUGCCGCCCUUUGAAUCCGACACAGCAUUAGCCAUAGUAGAGUCGGAGCUGGGCAAGCCCAUCUACGAGGUGUUUGAGCGCUUCGACCGCGACCCCAUCGCGGCGGCGAGCCUGGGGCAGGUGCACCGCGCGCGGCUGCAGGGGCGCGAGGUGGUGGUGAAGGUGCAGCGGCCGGGGCUGAAGGACCUGUUCGACAUCGACCUCAAGAACCUGCGCGUGCUGGCCGUCAACCUGCAGAAGAUCGACCCCAAGUCGGACGGGGCCAAGCGCGACUGGGUGGCGAUUUAUGACGAAUGCGCCUCCGUGCUGUACGAGGAAAUCGACUACACCAAGGAGGGGAAGAACGCGGAUCGGUUCCGCGAGAACUUUAAAGACAUGGACUAUGUGAAGGUGCCCACGGUGUACUGGCAGUACACCACGUCGCAGAUGCUGGUGAUGGAGUACACCCCGGGCAUCAAGAUCAACCGCAUUGAUGCUCUUGACAAGCUGCAGGUCGACAGGAAGAGGCUGGCUCGCUAUUGUGUGGAGUCGUAUCUGGAGCAGAUCCUCAGCCAUGGGUUCUUCCAUGCGGACCCGCAUCCUGGCAACAUCGCAGUGGAUGAUGUCAACGGUGGCCGGCUAAUCUUCUACGAUUUCGGCAUGAUGGGAAGCAUCCCGUCUGACAUUAGGGAGGGCCUGGUGGAGGCGUUCUACGGCGUCUACGAGAAGGACCCCGACAAGGUGCUGGACGCCAUGGUGCAGAUGGGCGUGCUGGUCCCCACAGGGGAUCGCACCGCUGUCAGGCGCACGGCUCAGUUCUUCCUCAACAGCUUUGAGGAGCGCCUGUCGCAGCAGCAGGCAGAGGCAAAGGCGAAGGAGCCAAUGACGAAGGAGGAGGCGCUUGCUAAGAGGAAGAUGAGGCUCUCUGCUAUUGGAGAGGAUCUGCUGGCCAUAGCAGCUGACCAGCCAUUCCGGUUCCCAGCCACCUUCACGUUUGUGGUGCGUGCGUUCUCUGUCUUGGACGGCAUUGGCAAGGGGCUGGACCCAAAGUUUGACAUCUCUGAGAUUGCCAAGCCCUAUGCCCUUGAGCUGCUUCGUUUCCGGGAGGUGGGAUCAGAGCUCUUUUUCAAGGAGCUGAGGAAGCGGUGGGACCGCCAGGCACAGGCCUUCAAGAACCUUCUCAGGCAGCCCAGCCGCGUGGAGAAGCUUGCUGACGUCAUCCUGAGACUGGAGCAAGGCGACUUGAAGCUGAGGGUGCGGACACUCGAGAACGAGAGGGCGUUCAAGAGAGUGGCGACGAUGCAAAACACCAUCGGCAGCGCCAUAGCAGCAGCCACCCUGAUGAAUGUUGCUUCAGCCAUGCACAUUGCUGCCCGCAAGACGCCUGCGACAGCACUCCUGCUGGCGAGUGCUGUGUUUGGCAUCCGAGUGCUGAUUGGCCUGAUGCAGGUGAAGAAGCUGGACGAGCAAGAGAAGCUCAUCAUGGGCGUUGCAUAAAAUCAAUAUUGUUGUGCAAACUAAAGCGCGGUGAUUGAUGGGAACUAAUCAAGGGGACAAUGUAGGGUGUUGACCCAAUAUCCCACGAGGCCUUGACAUGGGAGAGAUGGGGUAAAAUUCUCAGUCGCAAAAAGUGGUCCAUCAACGUUCAUCAAUAUAGUUUAUGUAUUACUAUUGCUUAUGGACAGUAAAGGUAACGCAAUACUUGUUCUAUCGGUGCUUAUAGUGCCUGAAGGUAAACCACCUCUCGAGUCUGCCUAUGAU